GGUGGUACUAUGAAUCCAUAGCGGCUAGCGGCAUUUGAAGAUAAUAGGUCGUAACAUUAUUGAAAGAUGUCACUGCUACUUGCAGAAAUAUUUUUAGUGAUUUCGUUUCGCAACUAAUAGUUGGCCAUUCAAGACAAACAAGGUGUGGAGGAGAAAGACAGUUUUAUAGAUUCAUUCAGCGUUUCUGUGCAAAAUAUGCAAAAUUCAACUCUGAAUUUGACGUAGCGAUUCGAUUACACAUAGAUGUAUAUACAGUAUAAGUGCAUGGAAGGUGUAAUAAGUGGGACGACCUAAAGUAUGACUAAAUCCUGGGACCAGAAGAAAGACUCAGUAAGCUGACACAGAAUUCUCUUAGAUAUAUUAUUCUAUAGCAGUGUGCCUUGUCCUGUGUGAACAAUCCAGUCAUGCUUUCACUAAGUGGGCAGAUUUACCGCUUUGACCAAGUUCCAGACCACUUUAAGGAGCUCUUCAUAAUCUCCGGGUAUAGGCAUCCCAAAUCCUCACCACAACAAUGCAUUCUCAGUAUAUUCGAUGCGACAAAUGAAACACUGAACUUUUGGACUCACUUCCUGCCAACAUUGUUCUUCAUCUGGAAAUUACGUGCCCUUGCAGAAGUUUAUGAUUUCACCCAUGAUGCUUACUCAUGGCCUCUCCUGGCCUAUAUGUUCUGUCUUUGUGUUUAUCCGCUUACAAGCGCCAUUGCUCAUAUUUUUAACUGUAUGUCUGACCGUGCCCGCCAUUUCUGUUUUUUCCUGGACUAUGCUGCUCUAAGUAUAUAUGGGCUGGGAAGUGCAAUUGCAUAUCGUGCUUACGUAUUUCCGGAAGGCUUAAUAGGCACUACCUUUGGGAAUAUGUACCUUUAUGUUGCCAUAUUGAAUUCCAUAUUGUCUAUGAUGUUGUGUUGUGAGACACGUUUCAUGGAUAAUUUCACCAAGAAAAAGAAGAUUUUACGGAUGGGAUCCAUGAUGAUGCCUUACUUCUUUGACAGUAUACCUGUUGUUUAUAGACUGUUUGUGUGCGAUGGCACUGAAUGUGAUCUGCGCUCGACUCAUCUACUUUACAGGCAGUUUUUCUUCGCUGCUGGCUCUGCAUUUUUAUACUCGACACAUCUUCCAGAGCGUAUAUUUCCUGGAACAUUUGACAUUAUUGGUCACAGUCAUCAAUUAUUCCAUAUUUGCAGUGUCAUGGGCACUUUUGACCAAAUGAAUGCAAUUUUAUAUGACAUGGUAGACAGGCGUGAAUUCAUUUUAGCCAAUGAUAUGAUACCAUCAUUCAGUCUUUCAAUUGGGGCCAUGCUACUCAGUUUGGCGCUAAUCCUCCUUCUGCUUGCAUGUUUCACUUAUCGUCUCUACAAUAUGCCGAUCCAUGGUGUACAAACCCAUGGCAAACACAGGGAAGAUAUGUGCUCUUGUAACAAUAACAACAAGAAAGAUUAAUUAGCAGAGGAUUAAUUUCAGAAAUCAUCUCAAUAUAGGUGCUCAAUGUUCUCCCUGGGAUUUCCACUCGCCGCUCCAAAAUUAAAAUACCAUACAACUCAUUCAGCUAUAAGAUAAAUAUUUAAAACUUGAUCAUAUUUUUCUAAAUUCUCAACUUUAUUUCUGGGGAGAACACUGUCAUCAUUGAUGUCAAAAUACAUGUGCCAUUUCCUCUGUCAUGGAAUUAUGUUGCUAUGAAAACCUGAAUGUUACUUAUUUUGAUGUAGAUUUAUGUCAAUGUAACAAAAGCGAAGGCUUAUAAACAAAUUCAAAAUGGAAGGUAUAUUCUUAAACUAGACUAUAUUCUCCAAACUAUAAUCUGCAAAUUGAAGUAUUAGCAGAUUUAAAUUGAGAAAACAAAUAGUCUUAACUCAAACUUAUGUAGUUUACCAUUUUGUCACUUUGACAUUACAUAUUAACUAGUUGGGGAACAGUGUGAAACUGAAUACAGGCAUUCAGAUAGCAAAUAUGUUUUAUAAUGAG